GCAGUCCUCCAUUGGACCGAGCCGCUGUCAGUCGGGGCUGCCUCACGUUGAGCCCUGUCCUCCUCCCCGGCUCCGUGUCUGCUCAGACAGCCCUCAUAUUGGCUGCUCCAGGCAGGGAAGAGGAGCCCCACCAUGAUGAGGACCUGGCUGUCGCGGCGUUUAAAAAAAUCAGUUUAGCUUUUAAAUCACUCUACCUAGUGUUUUUGGAGAUAUAUUUAUUUUAAAAUACAUCCGGGAUGAUACCAUCAAGUAACUGUUGUAGUUCUGCGCUUUCGUCCGACGCCGUGGUCCUCUGGGGGGAUCUAUGCCCGACUUUUCUUCAUAGCCAUUUUUUUCAGACAAAGAGAGCCGUUGAGUAGGGCUUCCAGAAAGCACCCCGGUCCAAGGUGCUCCGUUUCCUGAAGACAGUGGGCAACAUGUGGAGCAGCCUCAAGAGCAGAUGCCAGACUCUCUUCCACAGUGCGGGAUCUACUGAAAACAGAGUGGAGGUAGAAACGGUCCAGUGUGUGGUGGAUCUUGGUGAAGGAGGCGCAGAGGUUGAGGCUCAGGGCCCUGCCACCUCCAGCCAGUCAUGGAGCCUCAUGCCAGCACCAGUGGUCGCCACAGGACGCCGUCAUCAUAACUGUGUGUCAGAUAUCCCGCAGAUUGUAGAGAUCUCUGUCGAUAAGGACUCUGAGGAUGCCAGAGGAAUCUCUGGUGGUGUUCCCAUGGCACGGAGAGACUCUUAUUCCCGACAUGCUCCGUGGGGGGGCAAGAAAAAGCACUCAUGCUCCACAAAAACCCAGAGCUCUUUGGAGGCCGACAGGCGGUCUGGGCGUUUAAGAGGCUGCGGGAACCGCAGAGAUAGGCGUUACGGAAUUAGCUCCAUCCAAGAGAUCAAUGACUCUGGAUCUGGGGGCAGAAGUCUGAACGCUCGUUCUUUGCGCCAGCGCCUGAGCGACACAGUCGGGCUGUGUUUACCUCUACCUGCUCGCAGACGCUCACAUUCUAAAAACCCUGUUAACUCCAAAAGGAAAAUUCACCUGACUGAGCUUAUGUUGGAGACCUGCCCCUUCCCACCGGGCUCCGACCUAGCACAUAAGUGGCACUUGAUCAAACAGCACACAGCACCGGUGAGUCCUCAUUCCUCUACUGCCCUGCUGGAUGCCUUCGACCCAGCCCACCCAUCACCAGAAGAUGAGGAGGAGCGUCUGCGCGAGCGCCGCAGGCUUAGCAUCGAGGAAGGUGUCGACCCGCCUCCUAAUGCACAGAUCCACACCCUGGAGGCCUCCGUGCCAGGUCCUUCUCUCUACAAACUAGGACCAAAGAUGGCUCCUGGCAUUGGAGAGGUCUCUGGGGAAGCACGUGCCAGCGGAGCUUCCAGCUCUGUGAGCGUGGGAUCAUCAGGGGUGUGUGGGUCGUUGUUGGGGGCAACAGCAUCAUCCCAGGACUGUGAUUCUGAGGAGGAUUCAACCACCUUAUGUCUUCAAGCUAGAAGACCUAAGCAGAGGCAUGCCUCUGGAGAUGGUCACCAGAGCCGGCAGCAGCCUGGGCCCUGGAAGGUUCACACCCAGAUAGACUAUAUCCACUGUCUGGUGCCAGACCUCUUGCAGAUAACAGCUCUGCCCUGUUACUGGGGUGUGAUGGACCGCUAUGAGGCCGAGGCGCUUCUAGACGGACGACCAGAAGGCACCUUCCUGCUGCGUGACUCGGCUCAGGAGGACUACCUUUUCUCCGUCAGCUUCCGCCGUUACAAUAGAUCUCUUCACGCACGCAUCGAGCAGUGGAACCACAACUUCAGCUUCGAUGCUCACGAUCCGUGUGUUUUCCAUUCUUCCACCGUUACAGGACUGCUUGAGCACUACAAAGACCCCAGCGCUUGCAUGUUCUUUGAGCCACUGCUUACAGUGCCUCUGAACCGGACCUUCCCUUUCACCCUGCAGCACCUGGCUCGGGCUGCCAUCUGCCGAUGGACCACUUAUGAUGGUAUAGGCUCUUUGCCUUUGCCCCCUGCCCUGCAGGACUUCCUCAAGGAGUAUCACUAUAAACAGAAAGUACGAGUUCGCUGGCUAGAGAGGGAGCCGCCACUCAAGGUUAAAUAAGAUGGGCUACUCUGCCACCUGUGCACGCUCGCUGAGGAAAUUCCUCGGUAGCCCGUUAGACGCCAUAGUAAUGUGGCUUUCUUUUUAUUGGAGAAUAGAAUUAAGUAUAACAAGCUAAUACAAAGUUCAUUCUAAUCUUUGUUUUCUGUAUUACUUGCAUCACUGAGAAUACAUGAUUAUAUUCAGUGUAACGCUGUCUGUCAAGCACAUUUUUAAGAUGAACAGGUUGUUUUGACACGGAGGAAAGGCCCUUUGUGUCUCUUUCUUCUAAUUUUUGUGCUAAAUGUCCAUGCUGAACCCACACCACCACCCUGCUCGUAGACCUGCCUGCAUGUCUCCCCCUCUCUUCAUACCAAACUACUAUCUCGAGCUGUACAGUUCACAUUGUGCGUUCUUUGUUUUCACCAUUUACCUUCAUUAACACUUGGUAGAGCACCUUAACAGGGCUGGGUGUCUGUGAGCUGAGCGGGCUGCUGCUGGUGCAGCUGUUCAUUUUGCAGCCAGAGCUGACGACGUGAGUCUGAAUGCAAAAGAUACAUUCAAUGCCAUAUGGUUGCAUGCAUGAAAUCAGCUGAUCUCUUUUAAAGUAUGCAUAUGGACCGUGGCUAAGUUGACAGAUUUAUUCCUGAUGUGUGACAGUACUUCAGGACAAAUUGCAUAUUUCUUAUUAAAGUCAUAUCUUAACUAUCCGCUAACGAUUUAUAUCUGUAUGCAUUAAACUUUAUGAAACAGGUCAACGUUCAGGAUCUCUGCUGUCUUCAGCUUUGCAGGGUUGUAUGUGCUACAUUAUGUUCCCUUUUAUCAUAAAAAAAACUCAUCCUGAAGACCUCUGCUCAUUGCUGUUAGCUUAACACUGGUAGGCUAAUAUAUUAGAAACCCAUCUGUGUCAGACCCACCCUCAGUCAAGGACUGUCCCAUGUUGACCCUGACCGGGGUGUUGACCUAAAGUCCUGAGCUUGUGCUCUAAUAGGCGGCUAACAGAUGUAGCUUUGGGUGGUAAAAUUAGCAGACCAGUACACAGCUCUGUAUUUUUUUCUACAUUUAAUAUAUUCUAUCCAUUUUUUGCGAGUGCAUGUAAUGUUGCAUCGUCUCGCCAACAUAAUGAACUUUUUCACAUUUUAUCACCACAAAUCUGUGGAGAUGAAAUCAUACAUUGGCUUUUUGCUUUAGACAAAUGAAAAUCUGAAAAGUUUGGAAUGGACUUGUAAUCAGCCCCCCUUGAGUAAAUACUUGUGUGUCUUUUGCUGCAAUUACAGCUGCAAGCAUUAUGUUGUGUUUCUACUGUUUUCGUGAGCUUUUCUAUCUCUACUGAGGAGCAUUCCCUCAGCAUGAUGCUGCAACUAUUGUGUCAUAACAGGGGAUACUGUAUUCCCACCAGUCUUUACAAAUUAGGUUGCAGUUUCUUUGGCCAGUUUUGUGAUUGUGGAAAAUGUGCUUUCCCGUGGCUUUCUCAUCAGACCAGAUUGAUUUGUCAUAAUCUGUAAUAAUAAUCUGUAAAUAAUCAUAAUCUGUAGCUCCAGAGUUAUGAGUGGCCCAUCAAGAGUCUUUAUUGUCAUUAUUGGGCCGUAAUGUUUAUUUUUCUUUAGAGCACUCUGCUUAGAAUCCUUAGAUAAAAAAACAAAUUUGCUCCUGUACAUUCUGCAAUCUGUGUUCUUGCAAUCUACAAUCUGAAAGAACACAGAGAUUUAUUUAUUCUAAUCCCUAGGUGGGCAAAAAUCUGUUCUUGGUCUAAAAACUCCUCUGAUUAGUCAGAUGCACUGUAAGGCCAAAAGUUUGUCAAUUGUAGUUGCAGCUUUUUUCUGUAAACGCCACAAAGAAAGGGGGCAUUCUAGGGCUGCAACUAAUGAUUAUUUUGCAAAUCGAUUAAUCUGUCCAUUAUUUUUUCAAUUAAUAGAGUAAUAAUUGUAUAGCUGAAGGUUCCUCAAACUAGUUUUUUACAUAUUUAAACCAGUUGAAAUUCAAAAUUUUCCACUUGAGUUCUAGAUAGAGCAUAUUGACAUUUUUUUUUAUCUUAAAUGCAAAUUGUUUAUAUAUUUUUUACAAUCUUGAUAUAAUUACUGCCUUAAGUGUGUUGCUUGUUUAGCAAAAGGCAUGAAUUAGAGUCUAUACUCUAGUUAACGAUUAAUCGAUUACUUAAUUAGUUGAUGGUUUUUUCAAUAAUCGAUUAAUCCGGUUAAUUGUUUCAGCCCUAGGGCUUUCAAAGUUAAAUGAUAAAACUGGGAUUACAGCCCCUGCCCUAAUUCAUCCCAAAUGCGUGUUAUUGAGCUGGUCCUGUUUAAAUUCCCUGUCAAAUAUGAUCAAGUACCUUAUUUCAGGAGAAACAGAGUUCCAAUAACCUUUUUCUUCUUGCAGAUUAUGUACAGGACUUUUUGUGCACUUAAUUCUGAAUUUCGUAAAUAUAAAAUAUAACUGAUAAUGGAGCUGUGGAAUCUUGAUGCAUCAUAUAUAAAAACACUUUUCUACCAGCUCCACUGUCCCAGUCCUCAUCAAGCUGUUUUUUUUCCUUAUAAACCCCCCAGGCAUCCACAGAACAGCUGGAUUUAUACAAGGGAGUCCUUUAUGCUGGAUUUUAUUUUACGGUACCUGAAUAAAAGUGGCAGAAUACAGAUACAUUCCAAACUUUCAUGAUUUAUUUGUAGAACUUUACUUCUCCCAAGUUUGUGCUGCUUUUUUCUUUCUUACAAACCCCUUGAAACACGUUUUUGUGUGUGUUAAGUGAUGUAAUGGUGAUAUGGUACUUUUUGGAAAUCACUGUUAUCACUUUGAUGCAGGUUGUGUUCACAGUUAGAGAUCUUAGCAUAUCGUCAAACAUUUCAGAUGUGACUUGGUCUGAAACUGCUGCUGGCCGCCCUGUCACUUCUGUAAAUAGGUGUUACCUUUGUGCCUUUCCGUAAUCAUCGGUCUUGUUCCAUAGUCGGUUGCUUGAUAGUCUAAGCCUGGAGCAGGAGGUGCUUUAACACAGUCCAUUCAGAUGAGACUGAAAGAAUAACCAUGAAGAGGUGCAUGAGCUUGAAGCUCGCUAACUUUCUUGCACAUUACAGAUUGCAGUUUAGUGGUGCUACGUUUAAUUAGGAGCUGAUCGUUAAAUUAGGUUGUCUGUUAGUUUGUUGCCGUUGUCCCUCACUAAUGCAUGCAUUAGUCUUUGUCACGUAGUAUUAGGCCUUUAGUGGGUCAGUAGGUUGCUGUUCUGCUGUAGGCAUCGCUGGGACAGAAUGCAGUCAUGAUUCUGUCCAACACAGGUUCUGGUCUGCAGCUGGAAUAACCAAAAAUAGGGAAGUUUAAUCCUUUACUGUGAGCACAUUUUAACGGAAUAAUCUAGAACACCCAUAGAGAUGGUAGUAUUAAAGAAUUCUGUUGAAUUUCCUGGGUUUCUUCUGAAUAAAAAGGCUUUAGGUCACUGUAGGAGAAAAUAGAAGGGGGCAGACAGCGUGGUUCCCUUUAACAUUUUACAAGAAAAUGCAAAAGUGAAACUUUCCCGGUAAGUGUGAACAUGCAAUCUGCCCAGGCCAAAGGUUAAGCUCAGUCUGGAAGAUCACUGGACGACUUGAUCUGUCCUGUUUAAGUUAACGUCACAUUUUCCCUCCUUUCUUGGCCCAUGAAUAACUUAGACUACACUUUUAUCUGCAUAUCCAGCCGUUUUUCAAGCUGUUGUAGUACAACAGCUUAAAGCCAACUUGCUCAGAUUAGGUGUUGGCUGUUUCACCAGGGUUCCUGAUGUAUCGUGUGGUGUUAGUAAUUUGUGAAAUGAGUUUGCUUUUCUGAAAGAAAAAAGAAAUGCAAUGUAGAUGUAGGUUGGGACAAAAUGUCGACGCAUGGAUCAGAGUUAGAGAAGCGGCGAACUGAGCCGGACCGAUCACCAUUUCCUCCGAGACAAACCAAAAGAUUUUCUGCUGAUCUUCACUUCGUGAAAACUGUCCACGCUGCAUGUUCACACUUCCUCCUGCCCAAGGUGCAGUUACUUUUAGUGGCUAAAACAACUGUCCUGCUGCUGCCGUAGGUCCCUCUGUUAUGGAUCAACUGGUUCUUUUAGUUUGUGCUGCUUCGGUUUAGAUUUCCUGGGUUCCUCAAACGUCACCUCUGCUGUGUGACAGGGAGGCUUUUAUCCAGCUGCUCUCCACCCAUCUGCAGAGGUGACUGUAGUGUUAAGGAAACAUUGAAUCCUGUGUUGUUCUGCUUUUCUGGCAUUUUGUUGGUGCUUCAGUGUGCUCACAGAUUUAUUCUUUUUUUCCCCCCCAGUCUUAUUUUUCUACCAGAGCUUCUUCGGGGAUAAACAGUAAAAGAGCAACAACAUUUAGGGAGAAUAGUUUUAUAUUGCCAUAGGGAAGGCAAGGGAUUCCUCCAGGUAAAUAGCACUUUAAUCGUGUAUUUGUGUUCUGCGGUGGUGUCUGGAAGUGUUAGGUCAGCAACGUUUGUUUGCCCCAGAGUCGUGAAUAUUGGACUUAAAAUAGAAACUCUGACCCAAAGUCGUCUAACCAGCAUAAAGAAAAUUCUAAUCUUAUCAUAAGUCAGGCUUUUAUGUUCAAUUUCCAGUUUCAUCGGCAUAAAAAGCCCUUUAAUAGCAUUGUGUGAUUACUACAGAUGACCAAGAGCAAACAGAUUGCUGAAAAAUGUCCCCACUCCCUGAAGAUGUGAGCAUAGCUAACGUGAAACCUUCAAGUGUUGGAGUUAAAAACAAAGGCAGUGGUCCAGAAAUAUUUCACAUGGUUGGAAGUGGUUCUUAGUCUGGGUGUGUUGCGUUGUGUGCGAGUAUGAUGGCGUGUGGACUGAUCCAUCAAAGGGGUGCAGGGUCUAACGUGAGGGGUGACCGCCAUGACUCCUAUGAACAAUGCGCCUCUGUCUCCCCCCCCUCCCCUCCGUCCCCUCUUCCUCAGGCAGGCCCUUUUUGUGAGGAGAGUCCCCGGAGCCUCUCAUCCCAGUUUUCCCCAUGGGAAAUAUCCAAACAUUUACAGUAGCACAUGUUUGCCGUUUAGCUUGUAAAUUAGGUAGAGAGUAAAAAAAAUAAAUAUACCCUAAAAGGAUUUAUUCUUUUGUUGUGCAUUACACGCCUGCUUGUCUUCUUACACCUGCACUGACCCGCGUUAUUACACAAAGCCCAGUUCUUAAAACACUUUUAACCAGCACCACCUGUCUGUGCAACAAACAAACAAAAAAAAAAAGGUAUUUUUGUAUAUUUUUUGAUCUCAUUGCAUAACUCAAUGAGUUUGUUUUGUUUUUUACCACAUUUCCACCGCUAUGACAUCACAGAGUCGCACUAUUAAAGCUUGAAAUGCGAGUUUGAAAGCAACAGCAAUACCCCUGGAUGUAGCGCUCCUAUAUCCUUCUCCAGCAGCCCGGCCGCAGUACAUCUUCUGAUUUCAGUUUCUUUUCUUUUUUUAUCUUUCCACAGAUGUAUAAAUAUGAUGUACAAAAGAAACGCUGGGUUACGUGCUAUAUGCAAGUGAAAAAAAUGUAUGAAAGAGUUAUUUUCAUUCUUACUUCUCCCUGAUAUGCAAUGGAGUGUAGUUUUAACAAUGGUUGCAAUCCUCUGUCACUUUAAUGCUGUAUAUGCACAUUAGUUGCAGUGUGGAUGUGGGACUUGACAAUGAUGGGAGCUAAUGGUUGUCACUCUGCAGCACCGUAGUGUUUCCAGACAGCGUUAUUCGUUCUGGCUGAACACAGGAAAAAAAAAAAGAGGGGUCCAUUUAAACCCGGGGCUACCGCCGGCGGCUGGGCAAGCUGUCUCCAGACGAAUACCGCCGCUCUCAUUCUUCUGCUUUUUUUCCUUACUGUUUAUUUCCUUUUUUUUCUGCUGCUGUCUGAUAGGAUGUGGAGCGUGUAAAUGGCAUUAUUAGUUUCACAUUUCAGUGUCUGUUCUGUGUAUCUGCUUAACCAUUCAAGACGAGUAAAACCCUUGUUUUCCAGUAUAACCUGUUCAUUUUUAAUAAGAGCCGUAUGAAGCGACACUUGUAGCUGUCACUCUUGGUGCUUGGCUUAUGCUUCAUUGUCUUAAUAUUCCAAAUAAAACUGUUAAGUGUAAUCCACACUGGCCCAAGAGAU